GAUGACAUGAGCAACCUUGCCAAAUUGUGCCAUUCUUAUGUCCCAAAUGAUGAUAAGCUUCAUUCUGAUAUUUAUAAUGUGGGAAAGCUUAAACUCUUAGAAGAGUUAAAGGUAUUUGAAGUCAAUAAAAAAUGUGAAGGGUUUGAACCAAAGCAACUAGAGCACUUGACCAAGCUAAGGGAGCUUGGCAUCUACAACCUUGAGAAGAUAGAUACAACAGAAGAAGCAGCUCAAGCAAAACUGAUGGAGAAAAAUUACUUGAGGAGGUUAACAUUGGACUGGGAUAGUAAGCGAUCUAGUGUUGAUCCUGGUGUGGAAGCAGCGGUUCUUGAGAGCCUUCAUCCACAUGGAGAUCUUCAGGUGUUGUGCAUUAGAGGGCACGGAGGUCCUUCUUGUCCAACAUGGCUGGGUGAUGAGUUCGCUGCUGAAGGUCUACAAGCUCUUUAUCUGUAUGGUGUUUCUUGGGAAGUUUUUCCUUCUUUAGGGAAGGCGUGGGAUCUUCGUGAAUUAAGGUUUGAGCAUAUUGCCAGGCCGAAGGAGUUUACUAUAGAGAAAAGCUUUUGCAUGCUAAUAAAGUUUGAACUCAUUGGCCUAGGAAGUUUUGAAAAAUGGAUUUUCCCAGCUGAACAAGAUUCUUCCCUGGAUGGAGAGCGGUUGCCAAUGGAUGCUCAUAUGUUCCCUCUCUUGCAAGUGCUGAUUAUUAAAGAGUGCCCGAAAUUCUUAGAGUUUCCAAUUUCAAACUAUAUUCUUUAUCCUAAACUACAGGAGCUCAAGAUACAGGACUGUCCAGAAUUCUUGUCUCCCAUCUCCUGGACUGAAAGUCUGCGUAAUGUCGAGUUAGCAAAUGUGAAACUAUUAAAGAGGUUUACAUACUCAGGAUCAUCCGGUGGAGCAGAAUUGAAAAUUACCGGAGAGAGUGAUCUGCUUAGCUUAGACCAAGUGUUACUUUCCAGUAAAGAAACAGGUAUUGAGAAGCUGACACUGGACAAGUGCCCACCUCUGGAGUUGAAGCACCUUCUGAUGCUAACCUCGCUGAGGACAUUGAUUGUAAAAGAAUCAGUUGGUCUAGUUGGACCACUAGGAGGAGGUCAGAGUGAUGUGGAAUGGCAG